CCAGUUAACAGUUACAGUAGAUAAUAUACAUAACAAGAAUUUACUCGAAGACAGUAGCCUAAUUACAGGUGAUAAAGUAAGUUUAAGAGCCAGCAGUUUAUAAAACCCAGAUUUUUUCAGAAUGAGUGCAUCAAGAGAGCAAGCUAAACAAUAUUUAGCCAACCACAAAAUACCUCAGUUAUUUGAAAGUUUAUUGAGUUGUCUGAUGAUCGAAAGACCAGCCGAUCCAGUAGCUUACCUCGAGACAAAGAUGGCACAUUUAAAAGAUGUUGGUCUCCAUAAUAUCAACUGGGAAACAUUCGUCAUGCACCUUCAUCCCUACCGAGAUCCAGUCAGACUGUCCCUAGUUCGUGAUGGUAGUAAAUAUGAGAGUGAAAUGAUGUCGUCAGGAGAUAGCUCUAAUAACAGUCUAAAUUCUACUCUAAAUACCAGCAGUGAUUCCUAUAAACCAGAAUUAUUCCAGUUGACUGAGACUCAGUCAUGAUCAAAACAAAUUGUUACUCACAAUGUGCUCCUUAUUGUUCAUAAAUUCAUGCAUUUGUUAAUAAUUUAUCUAAAUCUAAUCAUUUAAUGUAUAUUUUUAUAAACUUUUAAUUUAUAACGCAAUUGUUUAUUUUAAAUUAUGAUAAAUGAUAUAAAAUUUUGCCUGGGGUAACGGAUCGUGAUUUUUUU